AUGCAGAGUACCCUAUGGAAAGAUAUAACAGUGCUACUAGACGAAUUUGUGGAACAUUUGGACGACGAGAACCUAGACCAGUAUGCAGCUAAUUGUUUGAACGCGGGUUAUUGGAGUGAGAGCAAACAAGGCAUACUUAUGGCAAAGAAAGUCGCGGAUAGACUAAUGUGCACACUCAUGACAGGAGCAUUAUAUUUCAUGAAUGGGUGGGGUACGCAGUCCGGCGGUUCGCACACUACCGACCCUAAUAAUGCAGCGUUGAAGGAACAUAUAAGAUGCGCAAUAGUAAAUGUAUUUAUGUACAUAUUGCUGGCAUCUAAAUGCAGAAGUCAAAUGGGAAUAGAUUAUGCAUGGCACAUUGUGAAAGACAUGGAGCCAGGGCUAGGGAGUGGUUUAAUAAACAAAAAUAAAUGUGGGCAGGGAGUGUUUGAAGACAUAAAAAUCGGGGAAUUACAAAUGGAGAAAAUGAUUAAGAAAUGGUUAGAGAGCAAGGAGAGCUUGACUGACAGAUUUGCAAGUCCCGCAAUACAAAGCACAUGUAGCAAAAAACCAGAAGAACUUGACGGGGCCACGCCGCAUGCAAAUGCCACGGAUGACAACACAGAACUGACGCAACACGAGAAAGACGCUAUACGUGAGUUAGGCCGAGGAAUGAAGACCAUAGUUGAGGAGGUAAAGACGGGGGUAAUGCAAUGCGCGGAGGACAAUGGCGCAUGCAUGACGUCUAUCGAGGCUGUCACAGGUAGAAAUCGAGAGGGUGAUGACAGUGAGGGAAAGGCAACCAAAUCUGUAGCGAGCGAUAAACCAGCACCAAACGUAGCGGCAGGUGCCGCGGCAAAGCCGGCGGCAACGAAACCACAAGCACCGGCAUCUCCAGUAUUACCACAGGCACCAUCAGCGGCACCGGCCGGAGGCACAGACGGAGGGCAAGGACCGGGUCAAGGACCAGGACCUGGACAACAACCCCCACCUCCACCACCCCCGCGGACUGCUUCUGCGGGCACACAAAAGGGGAAAGACGCGGAAACAGCAGGUACGUGUACAAAGAGUUCCACCAGUACGAAUACGAACGGAUCCUGUAUUAGCCUAAGCCUUGGGUGUACCUCAGACCAGGAUUUAGGACUUCCAGACAGUGUACCUCCAGAUCCCCCAGGUCCAACACCAGGUGAGAAGAAAGCGGAUGAUGCAACCAUACAGGGUUCACCGCAACCACCCCCAGACGCAUCACAAACACCGCCACGCGCGUCGCAACCAGCAUCAGCGGGGACAGCAGACACCACACCAGCUGCAGCACCCGUACCACAACCGGAUGGUGUUUCUGGUGGCGAAGGAAAGCGAAUUGGUCAGGGCCCUGGUAGUGGUGAACAAUGGGGGGGUGCCAUGUUUGGUUCCACAGACACAGAGGGUUGUACUGGUAACCACCACCCUGAUUCCUCAGGACCAGGUUCAACGGGGACUGUGAAUCCAGGUUCCUGUGGUAGUGGCUCCACAGGGGUCCAAAACACAGGUUUCUCGGGACCCGAUUCUACCAGUGCUGGUACUGCAAAUACAGGAGAUGGGAAACGCGGUUUCGGAUUGGAUCCUGCACUUCUACCAGGACAUGGUAAUCUGCAUGGAUCCUAUGGAACAUAUGUAUCACAGCAGAAGGGCGGUGGAACAUAUGGAGGGGAACUUGGAGAUUCCACCAUCCCCCCCAUCUUCACUGCAAAGGACAUCUUCCUUUCUUCGCCUGUUCUUAUCUUCUUUGCAUUUGUCACUUCCCUUAUCCUGCUCUUUUUCCUUGGCAAGGUCAGCAAACACAACGCGCAUAAGAGACGAGACCCCGUGCAUUCGUAUCCGUGA